AUGGGCCGAUCACAUUAUGAAAAGAAUCGACGAUGGAUUAAAAGAACGCUAGAGUGGAUCCCAAGAGAUGCUAAACGCCCUCGAGGGCGACCGCCAACGAGAUGGGGUGACGCGUUCACUACACGGAUGGACCAGCUGAGAGCUCAGCUGGAUACGGCUCAAGGACCUCGUCAACGUCACUCGCGAAACUUGAGAACUUGA